AUGAGUGGUGCCUCGCAGAAGCAGAAGUUUCGAUCGGUUUUGCCUCACGAACCGCUUCCAACGGAAGAAAAUGGUUUUCUACACUUGCAAGGUGGCUUUGAGCCAAAGAAGCAACAAGACAAGAAAAAGAGCAAGGACGACGGUGCUGACGAGAAACAAAACAUCAAAGAUUACUACUGGAAGGAAACCACGUCGCUGGAGCAGGCUUUGGUGAAUUCUCUCUCUACGCAGGAACAGCACUACAAAUCCCUACACAUUCCGUUCCCUGCACAAGCGGUUCAAGUCCUGGACCCAUCACCUCCAUUCACCAAAAUCCGACUCCAAUACCAGUCACCAGAACAAGCACAUCAAGUGAUGAUUGCGUGGCGAAAGUACAAGAUAACUCCAUCUCAGUUAUUUUCCAACAUUUCUUUGGGCGAUUGCGAUGAUAUCGAGAACAACUGGUCCUCUUCAGCCUUUGGCUCGCAUGCGACACAAGCUACCAUGAUUACCCAAAUACCAAUGCCGCAGUCGUCGGCCUCCGCCUGGACGCGAUCCAAUCCACCAAAGUUUCGAAGGCUUUUGCACGAGCACAAUGAUGCCAAGGAGAGGUCGGAAACUAGAUAUGUUUACAUCACUGGGUUGGUCGACCCAAAUGUAAUUGAUGCCGACAAUGACGAGAGCAAUGAAAAAGACGGAAAUGGGUCUGAAGAAGAAUCAUUUUGGAAGCAGCCACAUGCCGUCCUAGAAGCCAUUCGGCAAAAGUUUAAAGGGUAUGAUUCGUCAGGUGAUGGGAUCGAAACCUUUUUGAACAAGAAACAAAAUCAACUCAUUCGAUCACUUCACAUUGGAAUGCGAUCGGCUUCCGAUGCCCAAAAGAUUGUGCAAGCAUUACAGGGUCAAACUGUAGUAUGGGAGUACAAUGGACAACGAUUGCAAAGUGAUGCGCUCUUUCUCGACUAUGUCUCCGUUACUCAACGAUCCGUAAAGAAAUCCAAGGCUCGUGCCGAUGGAGUGGAACCUGAAAGGGGGGAAGCCUCACGACCCGACUGUACUUCCACAACUGCAUCAAUAGAAGUACCAGGAUUGCAAGUUAUUGAAAAUUACCUGACACAAGCCCAAGAAGAGGUCCUAAUGGCGAUUCUUACUGGUCCACAAGCCCCCUGGGCACCCAACCAACAAAACAUGUCACAAACGGGGGAUGUCAAACGAAAGGUUCAGCAUUACGGAUAUGUAUUUGACUACAAAACAGCUGAUGUGUUGCGAGACAGAACCGAACCAGGGCACUCGGAUUGCCCUCCAAUGCCAACCAUGGACGGUGAAUUGACGGAGAAUGGAUUGGAAGAGGAUGCCAAGACUGGAAAGGGUUGGGAAGUACUCGCGGGAGUUGUGGAAAAGACGCGGCGCUGCCAAUUCAAUGCGAAUAAAAGUACAGGUACCACGUAUCCAAAUUUGAAUCAGCUAACCAUCAAUUAUUACAAGCCAGGAGAAGGAAUUGGCUCCCAUGUUGACACGCCCCCUGCGUUUGGAGAUGGAUUGAUUAGUAUUUCCUUGAAUGGCGGGAUUGUCAUGGAAUUUCGCAAGGUGGAUUCGCCGUCAACCAAAAAGCUAGUCUACCUACCACCCCGAUCCGCGGUUCUCAUGUCAGGACCUGCACGCUACGAAUGGGAACACAUGAUUGUCACCCGACGGACGGAUUGCCACAAUGGUCAAGUCUUGCCACGAAAGUUGCGGGUCAGUCUUACUUUGAGAACAGCAUUGACCCUGGAGGGAGCUCCUCUCCCACUAGUCGAAUCAAACAAGUUUCCACCUGUUUGGGGCAGUCAAAGCGGUGGUGACGACCAAGGUGAUAAUUCCAACGCUAUAACCACAGCAGCGUUGGCCACUCCUGCUACCGAGCGAGACCACGUUCAUGCCGUCUACGAUGCGAUUGCUACUCAGUGGCAUCACACGCGAGGCAAACGAGGAGUCCUUUGGCCAGGUGCUACUCAAUUUCUGCAACGUCUUCCCAGAGGAUCUGUCGUGGCUGAUGUAGGAUGUGGGGAUGGGAAAUACUUUCCAGCGGUUUGGGAAGCUGGAUCCUAUGUGAUUGGAACCGACAUUUCCAGACCCCUUUUGGAAACCGCCUUUGGAGUAGCAGGAGAACACACCAAGCCCAACACGAGCGAGCCAAAUCCCAACAUUCCCGAGACUCGACAAGUCAAUGAACACCGAGAAGGUCUACGAGAUAGACCCGCCGUUGCAGUAGCGGACUGCAUGCACGUUCCACUCCGAACCAGCAGUGUUGAUGCUGCCAUUUGCAUUGCUGUCAUGCACCAUUUAAGCACUCCGGAACGACGGGUUCGAUGCAUUGAAGAGCUGGUUCGAAUCGUCCAGCCCGGUGGAACCAUCAACAUACAAGCUUGGGCAAUGGAACAAGAGCAGAAUAGUCGAAGGCGAUUUGCUGCACCAGAUGUCUUUGUUCCAUUCAACGCCCAACCAAAGUACUUGGAAAAGGUGGAAUGGAACAAGAACAAGAACAACACUACUAGUGAUUCCCAACCACCAGAAUCAGGAAAAAAAGCUUCAGAGGAGAAACCAGAUGCUAUGGAAGAACAAAAAAGUGUAGCAGAAUUGUACAGUGAACAAUACACCAAGGCGGACUACGAUGAACGAAAGGGACUGGUAGUAUUUCAACGGUAUUGCCACAUGUAUCGAAAGGGGGAGCUAGAGCAGAUUAUAGAAGGAAUAGGAGGUGCCACCCUUGUUGAAAGCGGAUACGAAAGCGGGAACCAUUUUGUCAUUAUAGAAGUCACCAAAUAG